AUGCCACCCCUACCCUCCCCAGUAACGGCCCUUUCGGCGCCAGGAAAGGUCCUCCUUACUGGCGGCUACCUUGUGCUCGACCGUAACUACACGGGCACCGUAUUCGCUCUCGAUGCGCGCAUCCAUGCUAUUGUCCAGCAGCUAAGGAGAAGCCAUCGCCGUGGAACCUCGGGGUCGACAACGGAAACCAAACCCACUGGCCUCGGUACAGAGGCGCACCCGUGCGGUGCAGUGGUGGAGGACCAGGAUGCAGAGGAUACUAUUGUUGUGCGCUCUCCGCAGUUCGUUGAUGCCGUCUGGGAAUAUGGUGUGCAGCGAUGCGAUAAUGGUGGGGGAGUUCAGGUGCUCCAGAAAGGCAAUGGCCCUCGGAAUCCCUUCGUCGAGACCUCUUUGAACUACGCCUUGACCUAUAUUAGCUAUGUCGCCGAUUCCAAAGACUUCGGCUCGCUGUCGGUAACCAUCCUGGCUGAUAACGACUACUACUCCGAAACGGCUACCUCUAGAGGCACCGCGACCAAGGGACAUGGUGCGCGCUUCGCCAACUUCGGCGUUCCGCUAUUCGAAGCCCACAAGACGGGACUCGGCUCGUCCGCUGCACUGGUCACUGCGCUUGUCUCUGCUCUGGUGAUUCACCGGACCAUGCAGGCGGAAGACCUCGGUAAUGGCCGAGACAAGCUUCAUAAUCUGGCCCAAGCAGCGCAUUGUGCAGCUCAGGGCAAGGUGGGCUCAGGGUUCGAUGUGGCCUCUGCUGUCUACGGCUCCUGCUUGUACAAGCGGUUUACACCGGCUAUCCUGGAAUCUGUUGGAGAUGUAGGCACCACCGGAUUCGAAGAACGACUGUUCCGGAUUGUUGAGGAUGUCGACCCCGAGCAUCCUUGGGACACCGAGUGCGUGGACUUCGGGAUGCAACUCCCGCGCGGGAUGCAGAUGGUUCUGUGUGACGUGGAAUGCGGUUCGCAGACUCCCUCUAUGGUUAAGAAGGUCCUCGAAUGGCGUAAAAACAGCCGCCGGGAGGCUGAUAUUCUGUGGGCUGGUCUCCAGAACAAUAACGAACGGUUGCGCCAGGAACUCAAGCGCUUGGCACAGCACCCCGAUGCCAUCACCGACACCGACUUCUCCGAGAUCAGCACCUUUAUCCAACGCUCGCGCGUUCACCUUCGCACUAUGACUUCCCAGACUGGAGUCCCCAUUGAACCGAAGGUGCAGACCGAACUACUGGAUCGCAUUACUGAACUUGACGGUGUCAUUGGUGGUGUGGUGCCGGGUGCGGGAGGAUAUGAUGCUAUUGCGCUGUUGAUUCGGGAUGACCCUGCGGUCAUCGCGCGACUGAAUGAGAUGUUCCAGAACUACGAGAGUGCUGUGGAGGAUGACUUUGGAGGCAAGAUCGGCAACGUUCGCCUCCUGGGCGUCCGGCACGGCUCGGAGGGCGUGAAGAACGAGAUGCUGGAUCAGUACGCUGGUUGGGUCUAA